AUGCGUAUGCAUGUGACGGGGGCAGCGUGGCCCUUGUUCGAUGCACCCACUGCGUCGACGGCCACUGCCGGCCUGCAGCAGCAGCAGCAGCAGCACCAGCAGCAGCACCAGCAGCAGCAGCACCAGCACCAGCAGCGUUCCAACAAGGUUCAGGCGCUAGCCCUCGCAUCCCAGCAACUGGAUGGCGACCACUUGAAAUGCCAGGCGCCCUCUUCAGCGGCGCGGCCGUGCCCGGAAGCGUCCAGUCUGACGGGGCCGGGUGAAAAAGCCGGCAGGCCGGACGCGGCCGCGGUCGCAGCCAGCGGCGCCCACGGCGGCGACCUAGGGGACGCCCUGCGCGUGCUGCAGCGCGCCGCUGAGCGGCCAGCGCCUCGCGCGGCUGCUGGCACGCGGUUUCGAGCCGCGGCGCACGCCCUAGCUGACGCCGCGCCGCGGCUGGCCACCGACCAGCUGGCUGCGGCUGCGAUUGCGGCCGCGCGCCUGGCCCCCGCCGCGCCCAGCAGGGGCGGCGGUUCCGCGAGCGGCAGCGACGCCGCCUUGCAAAGCGCAGGCGCAGGCGACACCGCGGGAGCGUUGGAGGCGCUGCUGCGCGCGGCAGAGGCGCGGCUGCCGGAGCUCACCCCGCAGCAGCUCACGGCGCUGGCCGCGGCGUGGCCACCCGAGGCGCCUUCGCACAACGGCCGUGGCGGCGGCUGGGUGGCGCUGCUAGAGGCGGCGCUGCGGCGGCGGCAGGCACCCGGCGUCGCUUGGCAGCCGGACUCGGUCGCUGACGUGGCGCGUGCCCUGCUGCGCCACCGUGCACCAGCCGGCAGCAGCGCGUACCUGGCCCUUGCGAUGCUGACCAUCGAGGCCUCCUCACGGCGCCGGCAAGAGCAGCAGCAGCAGCAGCAGCAGCAGCAGCAGCAGCAGCGAGGGCUGCCCGGCACGGGCGCUCAUGGCACAGAAGCAGCAGCUUCGACGCCCCCUGUGUUUGCGCCUGAGCAGCUUGCAGGGGUGGCGCGGGCCUUUGCGGAGGCUGGGCACUACAACCAGGCGGUCUUCGAUGUGCUCUGCAGUGAGGCGCUCGCACAUUUGCGCGCCAGCGGCUGGCGGCUGGCGGCCGACGCACCCCUCUCCCCUUUGGGACGGCCCCGCGCCGCCUCCGGCGGCGGCGGCAGCUGCGGCUUCACUCCGGGCCAGCUCGCCGCGUUUCUGAGCAGCUGCGCGACGUCGCGGCACUUUGACGCGCGGCUGCUGCAGGGCGCGGCGGACGCGCUGUCGCGCUGCAGGGGGGACGUCGCCCUAGUGCACACGGCCCAGGUGGUCAACGCCCUGGCCACCCUGAACGUGAUGGACGCGGCCCUCUCCGCGCGCGCCUCGGCGGCGGCACAGCAGUGGAUGGCGGCCUCGAUGGCCGAGGCGUCGCUGCAUCGAGCGCCGCCGGGCCCUCAGCAGGGCAGAGAGCAGCAGCAGCAGCAGCAGCGCGAAUCGGGCGCGGGCGCGGUGCUGGACAUCGCGUGGGCCUUCGCCACGACGCACAACUGCGACGACGCCUUCUUCCAGCUACUCUGCAGGUGGCUGGCGUCGCCCGCCGCGCCGCGCUGCGGGCCGGACGCGCUGGCGCGGCUGUUCGACGUGCAGACCGCGCUAACCGACGCCGCCGCGGGCGGCUCCCACCCCGGGCUGCUGUCCGCGGCGCUCCCGCCCGGGCUCCUCGUCGCGGCGCGCGCCGAGUGGCUCGAGCGGCGCGCGCGCGGGGCCGCCGGCGGUGGGGACGGCAGCUUUGGGCGCGCGGCGGGGUUUCAAGGGGAGGUGUACUCGGCAUUGCAGGGGCUGGGGCUUAAAGUGUCGCUUAACAUCCCGACAGCCUGCGGCAUGCACGUGCUCGACGCGAUCGUCCGUGUCCCAAGCGCGGCCCGCAGCGGCGGCGGCGUCGGCGGCGGGAGCGGCGAGGGCGCCGGGCGCUCGUCGGCGUCGCGGUCGCUGGCGCUGUCGCUCGACGGGCCGGGGGCGUUUGCGGCCAACGCGCCGCGCAGUCCGCUGGGGGCGACGGCAGCGCGGUGGCGGGCGCUGCAGGCGCGAGGGCUGCGGGUGGUCAGCGUGCGCUGGACGGACUGGGCGCGCUUGAAGGGCUCGGCCGCGCAGCAGCAGCAUUUGUGGGACGCGCUGGCAGCCGCGCCGCAGGCGCCGGGGAUCUUCGCGGCGUCAGACGCGGCCCCGGGGCGCAGCAGCGCCGGCGGCAGCAACAGCAGCGGCGGCGCCCCGGAGGGCGCGGCGCAGAGCGUGCGGCGGAUGGCCAGCCAGUGGUGGCGGCUGUUGCUGGAGGGAGGCGGCGGCUGA